AUGGCAUUGGUGAAUCACACAAAAAUUCUUGAAUUUUUAGAAUUAGUUGGUCGCCUUAAGCACAUCAAGAGAACAGGAUGGAUAUUGUGUGAUAUAAAUGAUUGUGAAACAAUUGCUGGUCACAUGUAUAGAAUGGGUCUUAUGACAUUUCUGCUUACUGAAGAAAACAAUCCAACAAAAUUGGACCGCUUUAAAUGUCUUGAAAUAGCUCUAGUCCACGAUUUGGCUGAAUGUAUAGUUGGGGAUCUGACACCCCACUGUGGGGUGCCCCCAGAUGAAAAGCACAGGAGAGAGACUGAGGCUAUGAAGAAAAUAGCAGAAUUAACAGGAAUUGCUGGAGACAGAAUGUAUAAUCUAUAUAUGGAGUAUGAAAGCCAAAGCUCACCUGAAGCAAACUUUGCCAAAGAUUUGGAUAGAUAUGAUAUGAUCCUUCAAGCAUUUGAAUAUGAAAAAAGGGAAAAUUUACCUAAACAUUUGGAGGAAUUUUUCACAGCAACAUAUGGAAAAUUCAAGCAUCCAUUUAUUCAAGAUUUGGCCAAAGAACUAUAUAGACAGAGAGAAGAUUUUGAAAAAAAUGCUUUAGUAAAUGGCAAAACUUAA